CGCUGGUAGACGGACCUCGAUGUCCGACAUGAGGUCGAGGGAACCCUGACCGUUUUCGUCUCACUCACCUGACUUCUGUCAGCAUGCCAACGCAGCAUAGAUGACUCACCCUUUAAAGAGACAUCACUGGGGAACUAACACUGUCCAACGAUGUAGCCGCGACAGGGGACUUACCUGUGGCCCGCCAUUCAAAACAGUCCAAUCGCAGUCAGUAUGGAAGUGCAAACAACCUCUCUGGUCUGGAUAUACGUCAACAGCACAGAGCAACUGACCACUUCAAAUGAGAACAACACCCGGGAGUUGACCGAAGGCUCAGAUAACCACCAAUCGUACAUCAUCGGUCUCUUCCUCUCCUGCCUGUACACCAUCCUCCUCUUUCCCAUCGGAUUCAUCGGCAACAUGCUCAUCCUGGUGGUCAACCUGAACCACCGGGAGAAGAUGACCAUCCCCGACCUUUAUUUCGUCAACCUGGCCGUCGCCGACCUCAUCCUGGUGGCGGACUCCCUCAUCGAGGUCUUCAACCUGAACGAGAAAUACUACGACUACGCCGUCCUCUGCACCUUCAUGUCCCUGUUCCUGCAGGUCAACAUGUACAGCAGCAUCUUCUUCCUCACGUGGAUGAGCAUCGACCGCUACGUCGCCUUGGCCAGCUCCAUCGGCAGCCGCCCGCUGAGGACCAUGCAGCACGCCAAGCUCAGCUGCGGCCUCAUCUGGAUGGCGUCCAUCCUGGCCACGCUGCUCCCCUUCGCCAUCGUGCAGACGCAGCACCGGGGCGAGGUGCACUUCUGCUUCGCCAACGUCACCGAGAUCCAGUGGCUGGAGGUCACCAUCGGCUUCUUGGUGCCCUUCUCCAUCAUCGGCCUGUGCUACUCGCUGAUCGGGCGGAUCCUCACGAGGGCGCAGAAGCACCGCGGGCUGCGGCCGCGGCGGCAGAAGGCCCUGCGCAUGAUCGUGGCGGUGGUGCUGGUGUUCUUCAUCUGCUGGCUGCCGGAGAACGUCUUCAUCAGCAUCCAGCUGCUGCAGGGCGCCGGCGACCCGUCGCAGCGGACCGCCACCACCCUGUGGCACGACUACCCGCUCACGGGCCACAUCGUGAACCUGGCGGCGUUCUCCAACAGCUGCCUCAACCCCAUCAUCUACAGCUUCCUCGGAGAGACGUUCAGGGACAAGCUGCGUCUCUUCGCGAAGCGGAAGGCCAGCUGGUCGCUCGUGGACCGCUUCUGCCACCACGGCCUCGACCUGCGCCUCUCCGUCAGGGGCGAGGUGUCCGAGGUGUGA